AUGUUAUUUCGAAUUCUGACAACUGCACCUCUUCUGAUUUUUACUCGUCGAGCGAGUGGGCUUCUAGGCAUCACCCUGUGCCAAGAUGAUAUCCCAACGGCUGUAUCAGAGUAUUGCCAGUACAGCACUAGCAGUCCUGACGCUUAUACGCCGGGCUACACUGUGACCACGACACCUUGCCCCACCACGAUAGGACAUGUCCGUUCAGCAACGGGACUUGGAUCUCUCGAGUCUCAAUGGCUCAAAACCCGGACCAAAUCGGCCUUCUCAGCCGUUGAAACGUAUCUUAGUGGCGCCGGUACGGGAUACACCGUCGACAAACUCAUGGGCAGCCCGCCACGUCUUGGCUUGGCCUUCAGCGGUGGCGGCUUCCGCGCCAUGGUUAACGGUGCCGGCGUUCUUCAAGCAUUCAACGACCAUACCGGCGGUGGAGGUGUAUCGGGUAUUGUAAACAGCUCCCUUUACAUCUCCGGCCUUAGUGGAGGUUCUUGGCUUGUUGGUACCUGGGCAUUGAACGGUUUCCCGUCGAUAGAAUCAUUGACGACCUUUUGGAAUUUGACCUCGGACCCUGACAGUGCCCUCUUGAGUCAAUUCUCACCAGGGCUACUAACGGUUAAGACGCAUCUACAAUGGCCGUUCAUCACAUUCCACGGUUCCAACGACUGGGGCACCUGCUACCCUACCCAGUGCGAGGCAAGCCAAAAGCUUGGUUCGUUGUUAUCCAACGGCUUGAAUGGCACUAUUUCAUAUGCGGAUGUCUGGAGCCGCUUAAUGGCUCGGCAGUAUUUACGCAACCUGCCAGGAGGUGUUACCUGGAGCAGCGUUUCCAAGUCGGAUACAUUCAAAGGUGCUGAGGUCCCUUUUCCUAUCAUCGUCUCGACUGGCAGAACAGCGGCGGAUCAAGACGAGUUGUAUCCCUACGAUGAGACCAUCUAUGAGAUGACGCCCUUUGAAUUCGGUUCUUGGGACCCGGUGACUACUGGCGCUUUCGCUCCUAUGAGUGAACUUGGUACAUCAUAUUCACAGGGAGUACCUGAGGAUGGCACUUGUGUCCAAGGCUUUGACAACGCCGCAUUCAUCCUUGGCACAAGUUCUCUGGCCGUGGCCGGAUUCCUCAUCAAAGACCUGAACCUCUCCGUUGCGGAAUCCACCUCUAACAUCCCCAAUCCAUUCUGCGGCUUUGGGAAUGGCGUCCAGGCUGACUGUGCCACUUAUGGCAAUGCCCUGUAUCUCGAAGACGGUGGCCUAGAUGACCAGAAUAUCCCCCUUGUCCCGUUACUGCAGCCCUCUCGGGAACUUGACGCUAUUAUCGCCGUCGACAACAGUGAUGACUCCGGCAAUGCUUAUAACAUCAAGUGCGGAUACAACUGGCCACUAGCGGUAUCCCUAAACUCGACAUUAGCUUACGCCAGAAGCACCAAAGGCCAGGCACAGAAAAUCGCUUUUCCGGGAUCUAUGCCGACCCAGGAGCAGGUACGCAUUAACCCAACUUACGUAUACACGCCCACUUUCUUCGGCUGCAACGCGUCUGAUAGCACUUUGCCCGGUGCUAUACCGCCCAUCAUCAUAUAUCUGCCUAACGCGCCGUAUACCUCAUUUUCGAAUGCCAGCACAGCUAGUACGCUCGACUACGAGUACGGUUCAGUCUUGCAGGAGUUGCUGGAGAACGGUAAUGCUCUGGCGUCGACCGGUAUCCCAGAGACACUCGCCACUGGUCUCCCAACUUGGGGGGCUUGCCUAGCGUGUGCGAUAGCCGAGCGCUCACGGUUGCGAAAUGAUCUUCCCCGGGCAAAGAGCUGCGAGGCAUGCUUCGAUGCAUAUUGCUGGGAGACCAAGGCACCAAUUGCCGAGCCUAUUGCGGGCGGUCCUGCUUGCGACGGUGAAGGUACGUGGUAUGAUCCUCCGGCCCUUCUCACUAGCACGCCAGCCAAAGGCACGAAAGACUACGAAGACUGGACUUGGGCAUGGCUUUGCGAUGCCUGUAACCACAACUGCCAUGUUUGGGGUUGUGAAACACUCUGUGCUGCUGCCUGUCAUUGGGUUGGCUUUGCUCCUAAGCAUGGAUCAGGUGAAUUAUAA